AUGCAGAUCUCUAGUCUCCUCUCCGAAGAGGAUAAAAAGGCCAAUAUCAUGUCACCGGCAAAGUCCAUUGCCUUUGAACUUCUUCUAGACGAAGGAUCCAAGACAAGAGCACGCAUCCCUCUUCGUGUGGUCUUGAACCCCCAUGACAACAUCGAGUCAAUCAUAACUACCGUCAAGAACUUCUACGGUAUUUAUGAUAACCAUGGUGUGAGCUUUGAAGAUUCGUGGGGCAAUACUCUUAUUGCCUCUUACGAGAAUCUCAAGGCCAACUCCACCGUCUAUGUCCGUAUCGUCGCAGGCGUCCAGCUGCCUUCUGCCACUCAUGCCAACGGUGUUCAUGUUGGUGAGAAUGGUGCAGAGGCUCGGCGUCGACCCAGUCUUGGUGAACCUUUCCAGAUGUUGCCGCCUCAUAUGCGAGAACAGUCACAUUCGCCCUCUCGCCCUUCCUCCCGUCUUGCCUUCAAGCGCAGUAUCUCUCCUACCCAAGGAAGAGGUCGGAGAAGUGGAUCGCAACAAAAGGGAGGGUCACAUACAACCAUUAGUCGAGGUUCUAGUGCCAACGGUAGCUAUUACGAUGACAAUGGCUACAGCGACAGUGAAGCCGGACGCAGUUCCAUCUCAGGAUCUAAACGAGCCAGGAGUGAACAAUUUGCAAGUUCAGACAUCAGUGCUGCUAAUGUCUUGCAAGAUGGUCGACGAGGAGGUGCCAUCUUUGAUAGUAGCACGCUGCCUUUGUUUCUGCCCCCUCAGAUCCCUGUCACGGCAUCCCAGUCCUCCAUAUCCCCUCAACGACGCACACUUCCUCAAGAGGGUGUUUCUCCUUUCCAUCCACCCGCUCAGAAAUUAUGGGGCAAUCAAUCGGUGCCCGUCCUUUCUCCUCAGAGCUAUGGUCAGAAUCCAGGCGCAGCACAAGCCGAAUUCGUUCCGACUGCUGACGUGACGACCCCUGUACCUCAACACGGCCAUCGACUGCGAGAUCGUCAUUCAGCAUAUACUGGAAGAGCGGCCUAUUCCUCUCAUGGAGUCCUCCCCACACCUGAUCCCACCGUGGCCAGUUGCAUAUCUGAUGAAGAUGUUGCUCGCACUUUAAUCGCUCUUGGUGAUGCUUCGAACUACUCACAUGGGCGGACUUCAACUUCGACGGUUGAUGAAACAUUCAGCGGUGUCGCAGAUGCUGCCUCUUCAACUGGAGCUACGAGCGACAGCGAAGAAUACAGCGCCGCAGAGGGAGGCCAACCUAAACAUAGAAAAUACCUUGAAGAGGACGAAGAGUUUGAUAUGGAGGACCCUAAUCAAGAAAACAAUGAUUUCGAAGGACAACCAAAGACGAAGAAAAUCAAGACAAAAAUGCAUGAUGGUCCCACAAAUGGAUAUCGGUCCAAGUCGACCUCAGCCUUGAAGAGUGGCAAGCCAGUCAAGGCUCGUCUCGUCGCCGUGCCGAAGGUGAACAAACCAGCCGCCCAACCCGGUUUGAUGAAGGCACCAUUGGCCCCAGCAUCCAAUGGACAGGCACGCAAGACAUCGGGCUCCAGUCUCAACUUCCAAAAUCCACUCGGUGCAGACGAGGAAGAUUUGUCCUCUAAACCUCGCUGCCAGCGAUGCCGUAAGAGCAAGAAAGGCUGUGAUCGCCAACGUCCUUGUCAACGCUGCAAAGACGCAGGCAUUGGCAUUGAAGGUUGUGUCAGUGAAGACGAAGGCAAUGGACGAAAAGGUCGCUAUGGUCGCCACAUGGGUGUCCCUAUUGUGAAGAAAAGUGAUGACGAUGCCGCCAUUUCAGAUGAUGAGAUGUCGAUACUCAACAGAGCUAUCCUUGGCGAGACUCAUGCGGUCACCCUUGGAGGUAGCCCUGACAAAGGUAAGAAGAGAAAGAGAUGA